AUGGCCGAACAACGCCCCGCCAGUUUAAAAGAGUAUGCGCAGACAGACACUCCAGCAUCAGAAGAGAAAGCCGGCCAGGGCUCCCAUGUCGAACAGGCGCUGGAUUCGAAUCUUGUCUAUGACAACUACGAUGAAGAGCCUGAGUUUCACGCUCGCACGUGGAUUGCCGUGUUGGCCAUGUUUUUUCUGAAUCUGGUCCAGGUUUUUGCCUUACAAGGACCACCGGCGGCGUUAAACUACAUAGGCAAGGACCUGAAUGACACGCAACGAGACACCUGGGUUCCCAAUGCGCUGUCCCUCGUACAAGCCGUGCUAGCACCAGUCAUCUCCUCGGCCUCCGACACCUUCCAGGCUCGGAAGACAAUUCUUGUCAGUUCCUCAGCCAUUUCGUUCAUUGGAGCUGCAAUAGCGCCCGGCUCGUCAAAUAUCUACCGCGUCAUUGCUGCGCAGGUGCUUAUUGGUUUCGGAUUUGCUACCGUCCCGCUGGCCUAUACGGUGCCGAGCGAGAUAUUACCUCGGAAAUGGAGACCGAUGGCACAGUCAUGUAUGAAUAUUGCAGCGGCUAUCGGCGCGAUUGUUGGGCCGUUGAUCAUUGGCGGGCUGACCAGGCGGAAUGCGCAUACUGGUUGGCGGAAUUUCUUCUGGAUCCAAAUGGCCCUCUGGGGUCUUACGGCCAUCUGUCUGUUUAUCGGCUACCGCCCCCCUAAACGCCAUACUAGCCUGGACCACCUCUCACUGAUCCAGAAACUGAGACGUAUCGACCUACUUGGAGCCUUUCUCCUGACUACUGGUCUGACUUUAUUCCUCGUCGGGCUGAACUUGGGCGGUGGUAUCUAUACCUGGACGGCUGCACCCGUUUUAGCGACCCUUGUCGUCGGGUUAGUCGUACUAAUCGCAUUCGGGCUGUACGAAUGGAAAGGCACUCGAAGUGGAAUUCUACACCAUGACCUUUUCCGCGGCGGCAAAGACCGAGGGCGUACAUUUGCACUAUGCGUGUUGCUUAUCUUCAUCGAGGGGAUUUUAUUGUUUUCCUAUAUUCUGUUCUAUCCGGUUAUGACGUCCAACUUAUUUGAAACCGACCCCUUCCUUGAAACUGCCCGAGACGUCCCCUUCUGGCUCGCCUGCGGUCUGAGCACGGUAGCUUAUGGCUACGCCAGCACCAAACUCCGCACCAUCCGUCUACCACUAUUCGUCGGCUUUCUAAUCUUCACCGCUGGUAUCGUCGGGCUAGCCACUAUCGAGCUUUCCAACAAUGCCUCCGCAAUCGUCUUCGCUGGUCUCGCUGGCCUCGGGUUCGGCGGACCGCUUAUCCUAAUCAUAGCCGGCGUGCAGCUCUCCACGCCUCACGAGUUCAUGGCAACAGCUACGGCCGCAACAGCAUGUGCGCGCGCGGUCGGCGCUACGACAUUUACAGCCAUCUAUUCUGCUGCUCUUAGCACGAGAUUGGGCAGUUAUAUACCCGACUACAUUGCUGCUGCAGCAAUGAAGGCCGGGCUGCCGCAGCCUUCGGUAGGGCCGUUUAUUGAGGCGCUUUCAGGUCAUAACAGUACUGCCCUGAACAAUAUUCCGGGUCUGACGCCGGUUAUAAUCGAUGCUGGAAGCACGGCGCUGAAGCAGGCGUAUGCGGAUGGUGUUAGGGUGGUGUAUAUUAUUGCCGCGCCUUUUGGGGCUCUGGCGUGUGUGGUGUGUUGGUUCUUGGGCGAUAUGAAGAAGACGAUGAAUUAUUAUGUAGAUGCUCCUGUUGAAAAUUUGCACGCGAAGAAUGAGGGGCAUGCAGCGACGGCCUAG